AUGGCCAGAGCUUUAGAUCAGACAGCUGGAAAUGUAGAUUUCAAUCUGGUUGGUUCUAGUAUUCAUCAACUCAAAGGUAGUAGCUCAAGUGUUGGUGCCAAGAGAGUCAAAGGUCUUUGUGUUACCUUCAAGGAGUGUUGCGACUCUCAAAACUAUGAACAGGUGGAUAUUGAGUACAAGUCGUUAAAGGCAAAGCUUCAAGAUUUGCUUAACCCUUUCGAGGGCAAGGGUAAAGCACAACUUAUUGAAGAGAUCUGGGAUGAUAAUGAUCCUCAUUCAAGUCCUUGCUUAUUCAAACUUUAUGCAUUGCUGGGCCUUCAUCGUUACAAUUUGUACGAGGGGAAAAACUAUGCGCUCAGUCACAUAGAGAAAUACUAUAAGGAAGGAGUAUAUGCCUGUAAAACCUUGUACAUAACUUGUGUUGCAAGCGAUCCAGCAAACGAUUCGCCUCAGGUAUUUUGGAUCAAAAUCGCGGAACGACAAUGUGGUGUACUAGAUUUGACGUGCUCUAUUGCUGAACCUCGAGAUGGUCCCAAGACAGGAUCAGUGAGUCGUUUCCCUGACUUCAGACGCAGUUUCCCUGAGUGGCCGUCAGACAAUUCUUUCAGUGAUACAAAGCGGUUUUACGUGGUGAAGAAAUCAGAGCUUCAGGACGAUGCCAAUGACUGGAUUCGUCUAUAUGUCGAACUUGCGAUUGCCAUAUACCCUUCUCUUGACUGGGAAGAUGAUGAUCUGUCCAACUUGGAGAUUGUGGAUGUGGCUAUAGAAUCUACGCAAGGUCCAAGCGAGGGACUCAAUGCUAAAAAUGCAACUGUCUACAUACGUUUCAGGGACCCGAGCGAGGCUAGGGUUGGUAUGGAAGUUGAUCGAGUUGCUAUGGUCAGAAGAAGCUAUGACGAGGAGUCGGGAUGGUUCAAUCUCACGGGUUACUGUAGGGCUUCGUCGGAAACUGAGCCAGAUGAGGACUUUUCCCAAAUUGCUAAGUCCAGACGAGACUAUGAUGAGAGUCGGCUCAAGCUCACGAGUGAGAGCGAGAGCGACUGUGAGAGUGUGAGUGAACAAAGAAGGAUGUGA